CCGGGCGGUCACUAGACUACGCUGUUUAGCCGUUUCACCGCUCGAGCCCCUCCGCCACAGCGCGCCAUCGGGAUUUUCUGUGUGUGUAUUUUUUUUUUCUUCUUUUAAUUCAUUUAACAGUUUCAUGUCAAGGUCUUGUUACUGCUUCCUGCAGAAUAGGCUGCUUUAAUCAUUUUUAAACUGCACAAUUUGUGGACAGGCUUAGCGGCGCCGGGACACAGACCAGGGAUACCGACUCUCCAGUUUAUUGCUGCCCAGGACACGGGACGUUAAUCCAGGCAGAGGGGUCGCCCGUUACCGUUGACUUUGGAUUACUUUGGCACGCAGUUUGGCUGGAACACAUCAGCUAACUAUAAUGGUUUAUCUCCUUAUUGUUGCUAUGCUUUUCUCCGCUGGAUAAAGCAACCUGCACAUUUGCGCUGAGUGGAUACAUAGGCACAUAGGCACUUCUCUGCAUGACCACAGGCAGCUGGAGCAAGAAUAACCAUCUUUCCUCAGAUAUAUAAGUUAAAAUAUAAUACAUGAACAUUGGUUGCGUUGACAAAAUCAUCUCAACUUGUUUCACAUCUUGCCCCGUGAGUCUUGGUUGUCUCGUGCGCCCUACUGAACUGUGAAGCCCGGGGAUUAAAGCUCCUCUCUGCACGUAUCAGGAUGCUUCGCGGCUGAAAGCAGAAGUCCGGGACUUUGACGUUAAAACCGAGGUAGCACGGACCUCAACCUCCCGCUCCUGGACCAGGACAGGAGCCGAACCAUGCUGACCCCAGCCGGUGUGAUGUUUAUCCUGCUCGCGGUUUGCUGUCUGCUCUCCGGAGCCUCCUGGGCUGCGACACUGGGCGGACUGGGAGAGUCAGAAACCAUGCUGGGCCCGGAGCAGUUUGGAGGCGUGGCCAACUUCAGCACCUUCCUAUUGGACCGUUCAUCCGGCAAACUGUUCCUGGGCGCCAGGGACGCCAUAGUGGCUGUUGACACCAACAACCUGAACCGACCGCCACGCACAAUUAAUUGGGAUGUACCAGAGGACAAAAGGAAGUCUUGUAGGGCAAAAGGAAAGACAGAGGUGGACUGCAACAACUACAUCCGCCUGCUGGAGUUUCUGGGGGACGGACGCAUCUACGUGUGUGGCACCUAUGCCUUCGACCCCCAGUGUGCCUUUCUGGAUCUGGCAACCUUCUCUCUGGAGAAGGGCGAGGACGGGGCGGUGAAGAUGGAGACAGGGAAGGGCAAGUGUCCCUUUGAGCCCAGCCAGCACUACACUGCUGUUAUGGCAGGUGGUAUCCUGUAUACUGCAGCCACUAGUAACUUCUUAGGAACGCUGUUCGACAUCUCCAGGGCAACGGGCACUGAGCAGGAGCGCAUCCGCACUGAACGAUCCAUCCACUGGCUCAGCGACCCAGAAUUUGUGAGCUCAGCCUUCAUUGAGCAGGCUGAAGACAGCAACCCAACAGGAGAUGAUGACAAAAUCUAUUUCUUCUUCACUGAGGUGGCCAAAGAGUACGACCUCUACACCAAAGUCAAAGUCCCCAGGGUGGCACGAGUCUGCAAGUCUGACGUGGGAGGGAUGAAGACUCUGCAGCGGCGUUGGACCACGUUCCUCAAGGCGCAGCUGGUGUGCGAGGACAAAGCCAGCGGUCAGCGCUACAACAUCCUGACCGACGUUUUCACCACACAACACACACUGGGUGACCCCAGCAGCACACACUUCUACGGACUGUUCACCUCCCAGUGGGAGCGCGAGCAGCUGUCAGCGGUGUGUGUUUUCAGUCUGUCCGACAUCAGUAAAGUGAUGGACGGUCCCUUUAAAGAGCUGAAGAAAACCUGUGAGAACUGGAUCAACCCUGAACCUGUCCCCUCACCAAGACCCGGCCAGUGCCUGAACAACGCGUUGAAGGCCGAGGGGUUCGAGUCGUCCCUGAAACUUCCCGACAAGGUGCUCACGUUCAUGAGGGACCAUCCGCUGAUGGAGAACAGCGUCAAUGCAGCGCCCCUGUUGGUCCGGAGGGGAAUAACGUACACCAAACUGGCUGUGACGUUCACAGGCAGCGAAGAGAAGCGGAGAGGAGCAGUGCUGCACCUCGGAACAGACCGUGGGGAGCUCCACCGGGUGGCAGUAGUGGACCAGAACACCACCUUACUGCAGGAGAUCCCAGUGUUUACCGCCCAGGAGCCUGUGAACAACAUUCUCUUGCACAAGGGCCAGGCUCUGGUGGGCAGCCCCCUCUCUCUGGCCCGGAUCCAGGCUGAGGGCUGUGCCCUGUAUGCCAGCUGUGAGGUGUGUGCCAGAGCCAGAGGGCUGGGCUGUGUGUGGAGCACCAAGGAGGAAGCCUGCAGGCUCAGUUCGGUUGAGCCAGGCCCAGGUGAUUUUGUGGAGGAUGCCUUAAAGAGAUGUGACAGUGGAGAGGGCCGUUGCUCCCCGUCCACCAGGGAGCUGCGCGUGUCCCUGGGUCUGCGUCUCCUGCUGCCCUGUAUCCAGGUGUCACCCAGGCCCUGCAGCUGGGAGCACCCUCCUGACAGAUACACCAGGCAGCACCACUCUGACCUUGAGGUGACCGUCACCCAGGACAGCCUGGGAACCUACAUCUGUACAUGCCAGGAGGCAGGGCCAGGCAUAAGAGACCCCUCCCCCUGCCGCACAGCAGCCUUUCAUCUGACUCUAGAGGGCCCCAGUGCUGGAGGAACAGUGGCCUCGGGUGGAGGGCGCCAUGUGCUAGCCAUCUACAUCCUCUGCUUCACAGCGGGUGCCUUGAUUGGUGUAUUCCUCUACUACUUCAUGACCCGUCGGCGCAGUAUUGGCCGCCAGGGCCGCCGCCUGCCAGAUAAUUCUCUGUCAUCGGAGAAGGGGCGGGAUUUGCUGGGUUCCUCAGCUACGCCACAGUCCCCAAGCAGCGACAGUCUGCUGUCCGAGGCGUUCCCACUGACAGAAAAACGCAAUGGAACAACAACGACAACCACAACCACAACGCUUCUCAGUAACCAGGGCAACGGUCACCACAGCAACAGUUACGGCGGCAACCUGAUGCACAAUAGCAACAGUAACCCCAGCAAUGGCCAUGGGAAUGCCGUCUACGCCAACUCCAAUUGCAACAUGAGCAGUGGAGGGCUGAAGUUAUCUGGGGAAAUUUUGUCAGCAGACAUGCUGGAUGGAAGGACGGGUGAGAGGGAAAGGGGGCGGCCAGAGGGAGGAGAGAGGGAGUCGGGAGAGGGAGAUGAGGAGGAUGAAGGGCUGGGGGAUGGGAUUGCAGAGGGGAUGAAAGGACUAGAGGAGGAGCUAGCCACCUUCCCCAUGUUCAAGUCUCCAGCGCCUCUGGCUCAGUGUGAGGAGAGCUCGAUAUGAACCAAUACAGUGUCAUUCACACUUUGACAAUGCAGAUAAAUAUACCAUUAGCUGCGCCAUUUUGCAUCUCUAAAAUAAUUUAAAAUUAAUUCCAACUGGGAGGGAUGCAAAAUGGCUGCCUCAAAACGGCUGCUGCAAAAUGCCCUCGGAUGGGAGUUGUGGCAUAAAAUGAGAGACUAUUAAGGGAAAUAUGGAAAAUUUAUGCCUAAGUAUGUGAGAGAAACACAAGUGUGCUCGUAUCAGGCGCUGGAAUGAAUACAGAGAGGAUUUAAGAGACAAUAUGGCACGGGAAACAUUUUAGAGGUUUGAGAGAGACUGCUUCUUAUAAGUCACACAGGAUGAGAAUGCCAGCUAGAUGUGACAAAGAUAAACGUAAAAUGUAAAUAUAAACAGUCUGAACUUGACUGUGGAAAUGGAACCGAGUGUGCUAUAGGGAGGAGUGGAAGUAGAACCCAACUAAAAUCUUAAAUAGAAUCAAAGAUGAAAUGCCUACAGCUGUAGACAUGGAAAAGCCAUAUUGUCUUUCUCUUCAUCUUUUAUUAUUUUGCCCUCUCAUUCUCUUCUCCUUGUCGCACUGAAGAAGAAAAGUGCACUUUGAAUCUCUUACCACAUCUCACCCUAUCUAUUUCUCUCUGUCUGUUUUUCUCCCCCUUUAUGCUUCUCCCUCUGUCUCUCUCUCUCUUUUCUACACACCACGUAAAUACAAUCCUAAAUCCCAGCCCUCCAUGGAUCCAAAGGUUCUAAGGGCCCACUGAGCCAUAUCCCGCCCAGACAGACUGCACUAGUUGUGGGCCUGAUACAGACAGAGGUCAGCCUCUGGUGAUGGAGCUCCAGGUUUCGCAUCCCCAGCUGAGAGCAAGGAACCAUACAUUCACUGCAGAGUUUUCAGAUGGACUACAAUGACCCUGACUGGACAGUCACCGCCUUUGCUGCCAAGAGGUCAACCAUAAAGGUCAUGAGGAUGAUAAAGGUCAAGGUCACCUGUCGGAUUUGAAUCAGUAUGGAAAACCUUUGCACUGCAUGCAGAUAGGGCAUGCAAAUAAUUGACGGCCACAAAGAUCUGUCAGUGUUACUGAGAGAGAAUGCAGAUGAUUUUGAAAUGGACUGGAAAUUGAUUUAUCAAAACGGGAAAUUCUUAUAACGUCAGAAUCUGCUCAUAGAACAGACCUUGCCACACGCACAGCCACCAUCACCCCGGUUUACAGCUGGGGACUUCAAAAUAUUGUAUUGUUUUUAUCAUGUUUUUGUUGCAAUAAAGCAAAUAUAGUGGUAAACAUGAUAUCCUAUUCUGGACUUACGAUGUGUGCUUACUGGAUCUGGAAAAAAAACAAAAAACAAAACAAACAAACCAAAACAUGGGCUGUGCUUUUUCUGUCUCCCCAGACUACAGAUCAAUCCUGUAAGUUGGUUCUGCUCUUCACUUGGAAUACAGGCUAACACAUAAGACACGUGGUGUCCGGUGUGCGUGUGUGUGUGUGUGUGUGUGUGUGUAGGGGGGAGGGGGCAUAUGCACUUAAAUGAUGAAAUAUAUUGAUUGAUUCUUCUAUAAUCUGUUUUGUUCAUAUCUACUAGUAGUUCCACCAUUGAUGUCAGUUUUGAAGCUCAUCCCACUGCCACAGGAUCUAAUCUAUAUACAUUUGGG